UGGCAACAUUGGUAUUCUCGCGAUAUGUUCUCAGUGGGUGGGAAAGCCAGAAAUAUGGCAGCCGUCGUGCUGAGGUCCUGCCGCAAAGGACUUUCUCCUCACAUUUUGAAGAAUGGAGGAGUCGCUACUAUCUUGCCAAAGACUUUGGGAGGGGUGAGACAGAAGUCCUAUGUGCAGUAUGUGACAAGGCCAGAGCUCCCUAAGCUGGCCUACCGCAGGGUAAAGGGGAAGAGUCCAGGCGUGGUCUUCCUGCCUGGGUAUGGAUCCAACAUGAACGGCCUGAAAGCUGAGGCCCUGGAGGAGUUCUGCAGGUCACUAGGACAUUCAUACCUAAGGUUUGACUACACUGGCCAUGGGUUAUCAGAGGGGGUGUUAACUGACGGGACCAUCGGCACCUGGAAGAAGGACGUUCUCUUUGUGUUGGAUGAACUAGCAGAGGGCCCACAGAUCAUGGUGGGGUCCAGUAUGGGCAGCUGGCUCAUGCUGUUGGCAGCUAUCGCCAGGCCGGAGAAGACUGCGGCUCUGGUGGGGAUCUCCACGGCAGCAGACCACGUCGUCACAGCCUUCAAGUCAAUGUCUCUAGAGGUGCGUAAGGAGAUUGAAGAGAAGGGCGUGCUGACGAUGCCCAGCAAGCACAGAGAGGAGGGCGUCUACACAUUCACCAUGGACUUCCUGAAGGAGGCGGAGAACCACUGUGUCCUCCAGAGCCCCAUCCCCAUCACCUGUCCCGUGAGGCUCAUCCACGGCCUGAAGGAUGACGACGUGCCCUGGCACAUCUCCAUGCAAGUGGCCCAGCGCGUCCUCAGCCCAGACGUGGACGUCAUCCUCCGCCGCCACGGUCAGCACCGCAUGGCCGAGAAGGACGACAUCAAGCUCAUGGUCUACACCAUUGACGACCUCAUAGACAAGCUGACCACGCUCGUUUGAGUCGGUGGAAGGGUUAGGGAAGGGGGGGUGAGUUGGAACCCCCCCCCAUUGGAGCUGCUCCUACCUCCCAGCCAUAUAAGAUCCCUUUAUCCCAGCUCUCCCACUCUCCCCUUACCCUUCCUCCCAGUCUGCCCCUGGUCAGUUUAUCCUAAUUAUGCUGUUACAAAGAGAAGGAGAGAAACGAGGAUCACCGAAAGUACAAACUGAUGGAACGAGGAGCACAUCUGUCAAUAACCUCAGCCAGGUUCUUGAUGCAUGCCUUGGGGAGGGAGUGUGACUUUUACUAGUUCCAGUUUACUCUGUGCAGUGUUGUUUUGGUCAAGCUUUCUAUGGGCCAUGCUGCCACUGCUGCUGCUGUUUGGUUGACAGAACAUGCUGGUCCUUUUGCCAGACCCCAGUAGUUUUCCUGUGCCUUUUUACCACGUCUCACCCCGUUGGGCCAAUAAAGCCUCUGCACACCAGAGUGGAGUGCAGGUCUUGUCUGUUACUGUGCAUGCAGAUAUAUGAGCUGUUAUUGAGUUAAUACAAUCCACACAAACGACAAGCUCCGUCAAACUGCCUCCUAUGCAGAAGCACUGUGACAUCGUCUUUUCGUUAGGACUGAGCAUCACACUAUCUCAAAAUAGCAAAAGAAAACCCUUCAAGUUAAGAGGAAGUUCAAAUAAAGGUUAAUACUAUGAGCACCACAUCCCAGAGGCCCCAUAGAAUGUUCAACUAACCACCAAAGAUUGCCUUGUUUUAUUUAUUUUCAUAAUAUACAUCCCAUUGGUUUGGUGUAAUGAAAUGCCUGGCCCUGUUGGAGCCAAUGGGCUGUUGAUUAGCAUGUUGUUGGUCAUUGGACUGUGUUCAAUGGGGCAGAAAGCCAAACCUGCUGCAGCAGACGCAGUAACUCUCUCUGACCCUCUAACUGCUGCUCUGACAUUUCACUCUUAGGCAGAAUAUAUGCAAUCAGUCACCUCCGCAUCACAACACCAACUGGGUGACAUCACUCAAACAUAUGCAUGCAUCAGGGAGUAAGAAAAUCCUGCCUGGGUUAUGUUUAAUAUAGAUCACUGAGUAACUGACUAAUAUGGAGAGACAAGGGCUGGAAAUGCCAACACAAAGACACAGUGAUGGUGAGAAUACUACUGAUGUUAUUUUAGCCUGACAGUCAAAGGGGACAGUAGUAUAGCAAUGAUCUGUUCAAAAGCUUUUCUGAUAUUCAGACAUUCUAGAAAAGCACGAAUCUCUAUUUCCUGUAUUUCAAUGUUGUCUAGGGACUUUUUCCAGUCUGUGACGCAUGUUGUCAUAUCAGUACUGUGGAGUACACCGCACCCAGCCUCUCUUUCCAGAUCUAUCUGGUGUCCACUUCUGUAACUGGAACCCAAUUAAAGCAGAGCAAUGGCUUUCAUUAUUGAAACUGAGAGGCAACAGCCACUAACAGGCUGUUCUGUGCCUUCCAAAUCUGCAGAAACAUUUAAGAUAGCUGUAAAGGUGAAAAUAUUUUGUUUCUCUUCUGUAAAUAUUGAUUCUGCACGCCAUCAGGUUUAUUGUUGUAGCAGAAACUAGUGAGGAUCCUAAUAAAAUACUACAUAUGCGAGUAGUAAGGCCAAAUACAUCAACAAUGAGAAGUGAACACUUUGUCAUGCACCUUUUGGAAAUCACCCAUCCUUAGCUGGGCUGGGAAUGGGGGAGGGGGACAUGCCCUGCCUUAACUGGGGCCAGGACCCACCUUAGCUGGGCUGGGGAUGGGGGAGGGGGACAUGCCCUGCCUUAACUGGGGCCAGGACCCACCUUAGCUGGGCUGGGGAUGGGGGAGGGGGACAUGCCCUGCCUUAACUGGGGCCAGGACCCACCUUAGCUGGGCUGGGGAUGGGGGAGGGGGACAUGCCCUGCCUUAACUGGGGCCAGGACCCACCUUAGCUGGGCUGGGGAUGGGGGAGGGGGACAUGCCCUGCCUUAACUGGGGCCAGGACCCACCUUAGCUGGGCUGGGGAUGGGGGAGGGGGACAUGCCCUGCCUUAACUGGGGCCAGGACCCACCUUAGCUGGGCUGGGGAUGGGGGAGGGGGACAUGCCCUGCCUUAACUGGGGCCAGGACCCACCUUAGCUGGGCUGGGGAUGGGGGAGGGGGACAUGCCCUGCCUUAACUGGGGCCAGGACCCACCUUAGCUGGGCUGGGGAUGGGGGAGGGGGACAUGCCCUGCCUUAACUGGGGCCAGGACCCACCUUAGCUGGCUGGGGCCGAGGGACUCACCUUGCCUUAGCUGGCUGGGGCCUGGGGACUCCCCUUGCCUUAGCUGGCUGGGGCCUGGGGACUCGCCUUGCCUUGCCUUGCUGUCCACAUCCUCUUGUUUCUGCUGUCUUGUCUCAUUCUGAAUGAGACAUCUCGAGGGAGCCUCCUCGUGGCGCCCGCACAUAUAAAACCAGUGGUUUGCAACUCCCGGACACUGAGUCCAGCCUCGCCCCACGCACGCGUCACCGCUUAAUGCAUGCUUCAGCAGUUCAGCAUCCUCUGCCCCGACCAGCUCAGCGGAAUUAACGGCACAACAGCUACCGGACAAAAUAACUCUCCUCUUCUUUAUAGUAAGUUUGCCCAGAGCUUUUAUUCAUCAUUAUUUAUUCAGAGCAUGAAACGUUCGUUUCAAUAUAUAUAUAUAUAUAUAUGUGGAUUAAUAAUUAAACGUCACUGCUAGUUUAUUCAAUUUCAAAGGGGCUAUUACGAAAAUGUGCAUUAUUAAAAAAUAUCAUCUGCCUUCCUAAUUUCUAAAUCAGUUUUAUUGUGAAAAAAGUUACGCUUUUUUUCGCGUUCAUAGUUGGCUACACAAUCAAUGCAAUGCGAUUGCUUUUCGAUUUUAUGCUCAUCCCGCACACAGUCUAGGCUACCAUAGGCUAACUCAUUAGAAUGUGCGUGUCCCUGUGCAGGACUGGUGCCAAGGACCACACCCAUUCAGGCAAGUGCUCUGGUUCUCUGGGGAUGUGCCCGUCCUGUAAGGGACACAGUUGCCAUUAGGGAGAAAGCAGAGGAUGGAGUGUGAGGAAAGGACGGGAAAUUAGGAAACCAACAGGUGAUGCAGUUUAUGAUAGAACAACGACGACAGGUAGACUAGACUAAUGGUUAAAAGCGUUGAGCCAGUAAGUGAAAAGUUCGAAUCCUGAGCCGAUUAGGUGAAAAACCUUUCAUUGAGCAAGGCACUAAACCUAAUUGAUCAUAUAAGUCGGUCUGGAUAAGAGUGUCUUUUAAAUGACUAAAAUGUACAAAAAGAUUCAAACAAUUAAGAAAUGCUGGCUCAGAAUGAACAAAGUGACUACUAUGAAGCAUAUGCAUUAUUUAUGGCUCUGAUGUCAAUAACUGGACUUUAAUACAAACAUUAUAUUGCUUGACAAUGUUCAGUUUUCUACAUGAUGUAUUGUUUUUGUAUAGCAGGUGCAGGCUGCCAGUGCUGAAACUGCUCCAGGGUGUUGGUCAGCAGAGCUGCAGACUACUUGUCCGUCUGUCUGUCUGGGUGAACAGGACAGAAGGAGCAAUGGCUAACAGGGGACCCAGUUACGGGCUGAGCAAGGAGGUGCAGGAGAAGAUAGAGCUGAAGUAUAAUCUAGACUUGGAGGCCCGGCUGGUGGACUGGAUCGUAGCUCAGUGUGGGGGGAACCUGGAGAGACCACAGCCAGGCAGACAGAACUUCCAGACAUGGCUGAUGGAUGGAACAAUUCUCUGUAGGCUCAUCAAUAGCCUGUACCCGCGUGGUAAGGAGCCCAUCAAGAAGAUUCUGGAGACCCAGAUGGCCUUUAAGCAGAUGGAGAAGAUCUCCCAGUUCCUGCAGGCAGCAGAGGUCUACGGAGUCAUCACCACAGACAUCUUCCAGACCGUGGACCUGUGGGAAGGGAAGGAUAUGGCCGCAGUGCAGAGAACCCUGAUGGCCCUAGGUAGUGUCGCCCUCACCAAGGACGAUGGACAUUACCGUGGCGACCGCGACUGGUUCCACAGGAAAGCCCAGGGUUACCGGCGGGAGUUCUCUGAGGACCAGCUUCGUCAAGGCCAGAGUCUGAUUGGUCUGCAGAUGGGAAGCAACCGCGGGGCCUCUCAGUCCGGCAUGA